AUGGCUAUUAACUUGUCAAAACAAAUUGCUUUUGUGAAACUCAACCCAAGAGCUAAACAUCCUAUCCGGGGGUCCAGACAUGCUGCUGGAUUUGAUCUGUAUAGUCCUGAUCAUACUUUCAUCCGAUCCGGAGAUCGAUCAUUAGUGGCUACUGGAUUAUCAUUCAUGAUGCCAUUAGGAACUUAUGCUCGCUUAGCCACUAGAUCAUCUUACGCUAUUCGUGGUAUCGAUGUUGGAGCAGGAGUGAUUGACCCAGAUUACACUGGAGAAGUGAAAGUUCUGGUCAUCAAUAAUUCGGAUGAGGAUUUGCAAAUCAAAGAAGGCGAUCGAUUUGCACAGGUGAUUUUUGAAUUCUAUCACACUGGUAAAAUGUUAGAGAUAACUGAUUUAAAUGCAAUUGAACAACCUGAUGAGGAGUCAAUUUUGGUUGUAAGAAAAGAACCAAACACUCGUCUACCAGAGAAGUACACAGAAGACAGUGUAUCUUUCGAUUUCAUUGCAGAUGCCGCCUUUCUAAUGCAACCAAAGUCCAGGAAAAAUAUCAUGACUGGGGUCAAGUUCCUCUUUUCAUCAAAAGCUUAUGGUUAUAUUUCUGGUAAAGUUGAUUUGACUCUUCAAGGUGUUGACUGCAUUGAAACAAUAAUCAAUGCUGAACCAGAUGAUGAUGAAGUUACGAUUAUGUUGCAUAAUCGAUCAAACAUGCCAAUUUUCAUCGAAAGAGGUGAAAAAAUAAUUAUCUUCGUUAAAAAUGCAGCUCAAGUCAAUGCAACAUCCAUUCUGGGAGAGCCAUUGAAGACUGAACGUGGUGCACUCGGAUUUGGAUCUACUGGAAACCGUUAA